AUGCUUGGACCAGCAAAGAGCGGACUCUUACAGCUUGUCGAUGAACUUCUUCUCAACAUUAUCGAUCAUAUCAACGCCCGGGAUGCACUGUGCAAUCUUGCUGCGACGUGUACGAGAUUCCAGGGUCUUGUUGAGCCGUACAUCUGGCAUGAUCUUCAAGUGCUGAAGGGCGAACACGCACGGAGGAUUGCCAAAGCGCUUGACAGCCGAGACGAGCGACCGGAUUGCAUUCAAAGCCUUGCCAUUCGAUAUCAGGACGAAUAUCGCGAUGGCAUAGAGGAGCUAAAUCACUUCAUAGGCUUGAUGAGUAGGCUGCGACACCUGCAUAUUGAGAGCCCUUGCCCAAACAAUUCAGAAUGGCAGCAAGGCAAUAUCUACUUCGAUGGGUACUCGAGGAUUGAUUACUCAAACUUGUUAGCUAGUGCGGUGUAUCCGCGGAUGGAUAUGCAAAGAGCGUUGCCUAUGCUGCAGUCAUUAACACUGCAUGCGCAUGGCUCAGGAGAUAACAAAUUCACUCUUGGCCGGGCGACGGCCAUGUUUAGACAUCCAACAUUACGCAACAUUACAUUGUCGUGCUUGAACUUCGACAACAGAAUCGGGGCGCCGUUUGAGGUUUCUGAAAAGGAAAUCAAAACUACGCCGCUCCAGUCACUAACACUAAUCGAAUGUAACGUCGAUGUGUUCUUUCUAGAUACCGUUUUGAGCCUUCCAAAAGCCCUAAAGGAGCUAUCGAUUGGUGAACGACUACACGCCUUUGAGGGGUGUCAACCAUCCAUGGUUUCAGAACACCGCACAUCUUCGAAGUUAUUUCUUACAGCACUACAAAGACAAGCCGAUUCUCUACGGCGCCUAGCGCAUUGUGGAGGCCAUCUCGGUCAUUUAACUCCCCGCGAAACCGAUCCAGAAGGCACGGCAAAGCUACGCUCACUUGUAAACCUCGAGCACCUCGAACUGGGUUUCGAAUCACACCUCUACUACUACCUCCGCAUGGACGGUUUCCCUCCAGCCCUGAAAUUCCUCAAAAUGCUCGACUCGGCCAUUUCCAACAACGCCGCGCACGACCUGCGCUCUCUAUCCGCAAUCGUCUUCCGUUCGCUCACUUCGCUCACAACUGACUGCUUGCCUCGCACUCUAGCUGACGACUUCACACUACAUCUCAAGUUCUCGGACCACUCCUUCUUCCGCCUCGUCGAAAUGACCAGCUCAGCCGAUCAAUCCCAUCUCCUCAGCACCCUCUUCUUCGACCGCCCCUCCACGUAUAAAAUUGCCUCUAUGCUCAAAUCCUACAGCCCUAGAUCGCGCUUCAUCGUCUCGCGCGAGUGCUUCCGCAGCGGCAGAUCAUUUAUUCCGCCAUACAUGUAUGGCGAGGAGUUGCCGGUGGACGAGGUCAUGUAUAAUAGCGACGACUUUUGGCGCUUCAACGGUAUCAAUUACCGCAUCAUGGAUGAUGAGACUUGGAGGAAUGAGCUUAAGAAAGGGAAAAAGUUGAGGGUUUGUAAGACGUGUCAGAGGAGGGGUAUGGGCGUGGAUGAUUGUCUUAGUUUGGGGGAUGGCAGCGCGUGUGUUCCUUGUAGGGCUACGAGGGUGGAUGCUUGUGAGUGGGAUAGGGAUGCGAGUGGGGAGUUGGUGGGGGGCGGGGAUGUGGAAGAUGGGCAGGGGUAG